GGCUGCCGGUUUGCGCCUGCGUACUGCGAGGGGGCUGGGGCACGGACUCGGGGGCGAUUCCGCCGUUCUCGCCCACGAGCAGAUGCGGAACGCGCGGCGCUGAGCUAGCCUGACGUAGCCAUCAAGUUGGGACAAAUUCGCGCCUUAUGGCAGAACUGAUGUCCCUUUGAAUGGAACCACGGGGAAGGCAAGGAGGAGAAGAAGCGGUCUGUGGGGGUGCAAAUUGACCUCACAUAGCGCAUGCGCCAGCCUCCCAGCCUGGGAGAGGGAGGGACUCCGAGCGCUUCUGAAUUUUUUUUGGAACGGGCCACAACGCAUGCGCCGAGUUGCGGCGCUCUAGGGCUGGGGAUGUGGUCACAGGGAGAGCAAUUUACGUGCGGAGACUUUUUUUGACUCCGCGCGCACGCGCAGGCUGCUUCUCUCCGGGGCGGGCGGUUUUCCCCCCCUCACCUCCCGCAUCGCGCAGGCGCAGAUCGUAACCGAGGCUCCCAAGUUGAGGCGCCGAGGCCGGCCACGGCUCGCUUAUAGCGGAUCCCCACGUGAAGGGCCGACCUCGCCUGCGCCCCAGGCAGAGCCAUGCUGAGAUUGGGCGAUAGGUUUUCAAUGGGUCGAACUAUGCCCAAAGCACUCUUGGUGGCCUUUGUGGCCCUCCUCCUUGUCCUGCACAUGGCAAGUUCCCAGCAAGACUUCCAUUCCAGAAAACAGCAGAAGAGGGACCCCCCGGCUGAUUUCCUGUCCCAAACAGGGUCAGCAGUUCGGCAGACCUUGGACGCAUGGAUCGGACCUGAGAUCAUGCAUGUUGUGGCUGAGACCACAUCUCAGGCACUGUGGGCCAUCUCCUCAGCUAUCUCCGUGGCUUUCUUUGCUCUGUCCGGGAUCUCAGCACAGCUCCUGAAUACCAUGGGGCUGAAUGGUGACCACCUCACCCAAGGCUUGAAGCUCAGCCCUGCCCAAGUACAGACCUUUCUCCUGUGGGGAGUGGGGUCUCUCGUUGCCUACUGGGUGCUGGCCCUGCUCCUGGGCUUGCUGUUGGCUCUGCUGGGCCGGAUCUUGUGGGGCCUUAAGCUGGUCAUCUUCCUUGUGGGGUUUGUGGCUGUGGUCAGGUCUGUGCCAGACCCUUCCAUCCGGGCCCUGAUGCUGCUGGGGCUGCUGACCCUGUAUGCUCUGCUAAGCCGGUUGACCGGCAGCCGAGCCUCGGGAGCCCAGCUGGAGGCCAAAGUUCGAGGCCUGGAGAGGCAGGUGGAGGAACUCCGCUGGAGGCAGCGGAGAGCCGCCAAGGCCUCCCGGAGUGCUGAGGAGUGAGGGGGCCUGGGGCAGAGGCGAGGGAGCCCUGGAUGUCACUGCCACUGUCAUCACACCAAAGAGCUGAGCUGCUUUUGGUCCCCGAGCCCUCCACCUGCCCCCAGCCAGGAGAUGAAGGCCAAUGCCCCCGCUCUGUCCCUGUCCCUCUCACCUCCUCAGGGGCCCUUCUCUUUAAAGAGGGUCUCUGCUGGAUUGGUUGUAGAAGCCUUCCCUCUCCCCCAGCCUAGCAGGGCCAUGGAGAAUUGGGGGAGGGCCUGACUAUUCUCCAUCUCCUGUUCCUACCCUUCAAACAUACCACUGCCGUGGCCUUCACGAAGACCUCCAGACAUUCAUGGCACGGAUGGACCUCAGGGCAGCAUGCCCCGCCUCUUUCUCGCUGCUGUCCUGGGACCCCAGCCUUUGGUGCCCCUACCCCCUCUUGCUUUUGACCCCCUCUUUGCUUCCCUUUGGCCCUCCCGGGCCCGCGUCCUGCAGGCAGCUCCAUGUGUCCUGUGCACCACCAACCACAUGGUGGGGAGGAAACAUGAGCUGGCCACUUGAGGAUGGCUGGAAACAGAAGCUCCCCUGAGGUCUUAGGGGUUCAGUUUUGGGGCCGGGAUGGGUGUAAAAUCUGUGACAAGUGCCUUCAAUCAAGCCAGCAGUGCCUGCUUCUUGCCUGCUGUAUGUAGGAAUGUGUAUCAUGGUGUCUUUGGAGUCGAGAAAGGAGGAGCCUCCUGGAAUCCUGACACUGCACCAGCCAAAGAGCCCCCAUUGAGCAAGCUAGGGAAUAUUGCAGCCUCUCUGGGUUCUGUUCUGGUGGUUAGCGAGUGUCCCUGGGCCUGUAAGGAGUAAGCGCCCCAUAGAAUGGAUCCAUCAGAACGGACUUGGGAUUUUGGACCCCCCCCACCACCAAGCUCCCAAGGCUUCUUUGGGGAAAAUCAAUAUAGCAGCCUGAACCAGCUUCCUCAUUAUCCCCUACCCCUCCAGCAUCACUGCCCAGCCAGCCCAGCCAGGUGGCCUGUGAGUAACAGUGCCCAUGAAGAAACUGUCCACCAUCACUGGACUUCUGUCCGCUAUCACGGGGAAUCUGGGGGAGAGGAAGGCAAGGGAAAACCGGCAGCUUCUGCCGGGAAGUCUGGGGAAGGGGCCCAGCUGUGGGGUUAGGGCAAAUGCCCAGGGAUUGAUGAGGAAUCGGCUGCCAGUGAUCUCGAUUUGUAUUGAAGCUCAUUGGGUUUUAAAUUAAACAAAUGCACGCUAUUUUAUCUUGUUCCAUAUAAAACAUGUUUAAUCAAA